CCCAGUCGUGUUUGCUAACCUAACAGUUUGGAUCUAAUAUUCGGCACAUUUUUAUGUUUUCUGGUUUUAAUUAUUGACGGCGGAAUUGUUCUACUUCCGCUUUCGCUCUGAAGGCGGGGUGUGUACCACAGGCUGCUCUCGCCCCACCCCUGCUACCUCUACGUUGUUGUUGUUUUUACUAGCAGUCGCGCGCUGUGGCUCGAGCUCUCAUCCCCUGGUUUGUGCCGACGGUUGGCCCGCCGCGCGCAUGCAGCAGAAUGGCUCGAGCGGUUCCAACGGUUCCGAUGGCUGCAGCAGGGAUCGCCAGUCUCUGUCCUUCAGCCCGCUGCCCGCCGCUACUACACGGGUGAGGAGGUUCAUUCAGGAGAGACGGACGCUGCCCCUACCCAGAGUGAUGGUGGUAUUCUCGGCCGCGGGUGACACCGAGAAACCGGGCGAUGCCAUGUCCAGCUCGGACUCUGCGGAGGACGAGCUACGAAAGCCGGCCUCCCCAGCCCCGAACUUCACCCUCAGCACGCCGCUUCACUCCUCGCUGAGCACACAGGAGCAGGAGUUUCCAGAGGUCAUCUCUCUGAAUGUCGGGGGCACAUACUUCACCACUCGCCUGUCUACGCUGCGGCGGUUUGAGGACACCAUGUUGGCGGCCAUGUUCAGUGGGCGUCAUUACAUCCCCAAGGACGCAGACGGGCGCUACUUCAUUGAUCGGGAUGGCACGUAUUUUGGGGACAUCCUGAACUUCCUCCGAGAAGGCGAGCUUCCUCACAGAGACCGGGUGCGAGCGGUGCACCGGGAGGCUCAGUAUUACUCCAUCGGCCCGCUGUUGGACAGCCUAGAGGACACUCAGCCGCUCACAGGGGAGAAAGUCCGACAAGCUUUCCUCGAUCUGCUGCCCUACUACAAAGAUAAUCUGGAGCGUAUUGUGGAGAUUGCCAAGCUGAGAGCGAUGCAGAAAAAGGCUCGAUUCGCCAAGCUGAAGAUCUGCGUCUACAAGGAGGAGAUGCCCAUCACGCCGUACGAGCGGCCUCUUUUUAACUCUUUGCGCUUUGAGCGCUCGGACAGUGAGGCAAAGCUCUUUGAGCACCACUGCGAGGUGGACGUUUCCUUCGGACCUUGGGAGGCCGUGGCGGAUGUUUAUGACCUGCUGCACUGCAUCGUCAGCGACCUGGCAGAGCGCGGCAUCACCGCUGAGCAGCAGUGUAUCGGCGUAUGUGAUAAACACCUCAUCAACCAUUACUACUGCAAGAGGCCCAUCUAUGAGUUUAAGAUCACAUGGUGGUGAAGCUGGAGGGUCCCAACUGAGCGGACCAAAAAGGGUGGAUGAUUCAUAUUUUUUCAAACUUGGCCGAUAUUGGCUUUUGUAUUGAAGUCGCCAAUAUUUUGUGCUGAUGUGACCCUUUAAAUCUACUUAAAGAGGAUCCUCUGUUAUCAUAAUUUAUAUUUAUUUUUCUUUUGUGUCAAAAUGAUAAAAUUACUGACCUUUUCCAGUUGAGUCCAGGUCAGUGAAAGCCACCAUUACCCUGUUUUUGUUGGCAUCCAGUGAUUUAACUCCUCAUUUUGAUGCAGUGAAAUACAGCUGUACUUAAAGACCUCAUGACACCGUUGUCUGGUGUGGUUUAAAGUGUAAAUGUUCACACAUUCAGGUCUAUAAGUUUAAACCCUGAGAGCAGAGAAGCUCUGCUGUUUAACUUACUGAGAGUUUUUAUCCAAAGCUCUAUGAAGUAUAAAGAUUUUCCCUUAAAUGAUGAAAUGUAGGAUACUAUUAGGGCUCAUUUCAGCCUUUUUCACCUGCAGAGAGGCUGAAGCUUUUAUUUUCAUCUGUGUACUGAUAUUUUCAGACAGCACUGUUUGUGAUUAGUUUUAGCAUUGCUCAUAGCCCACUCACAAUCACCGAAGUUAUCUGUAAGUUAAAGAAAAAUACAGAAUUACACCAAGAGAACAGUUAUCUCACAGCAUCUGCAGAACACUGUGGUUAUAAAAACCAAAGUAGCUCUAUCUCUUGUUGUUUAAAAAAGCACACCAUUAAAGAAAGCCUGAUGUAACCUCAGAAAUUCAGCUCAGUGAUAGCAGGACAUUAUUUUAUUAUUAGCUAAACAUCCACUGUGGCCACAUAUUUCAAAAAUAAUUGCAUCAAUUGUAACCGCUGAAAUGAUGUGGAAUAGUGACACAGGCCUACAAUGGUCACUAAGUUUCUGUGGUAUGUGUCCCGUACAGAGAAGCCUGUUAUUGAUUCAAUAUGUCUCCUAGCAAGGCUGGAUUCAUUUCAAACAAGCUAGCUGAGGGAUUAAACCUUUUAAAGAACUUUAAAGCAUACAUUGGAUUUUUAACCUGAGAGUGGCAGGAAAAAGUCUUUUCCAACCUCCAGAGGACAAAACAAAAUGGAACCGCCGUGUACAACACAAAGUCUGGGUGUGUCUGAAACCGCACACUAGCACACUGUUCCUACUAAAUGUAACAUCACAUUGAGGCUGCAGUACCAUCCAUAUUUAUAGUUUUUUUCUUUAUGUGUGAAAUCCCUGGAUGUAAACUAGUUUGGCCAGAAUUAGGUAGAGAACAGGAACAGGAUUGUCAUGCAAAACAGCCCAACGAUGCAUUGUGACUCUUUGAACGUUGAUUUGAUUCAGAAUCAAUGUUCUGAUUCACGACACAUUCCCUAUUUCUGAUAAUGAGGUGAUUAUUUCAACAUCUCCUCCAGUCUGCUGUGUACAAAGGAGCUGUAAAUUAACUGUCAUUAACUGAAAUUUAAAAAAGUGUUCUAGACAGGUGUUUAGCCUAUAUUUGUAGUGUUUUAUCAUUUGACUCCAACAAUAUAAUUGCUGAGGAAAACGUAAAUCAAGCGUAGCUGUAAUUUGUGCUGAAACUGCAAAAUAAUUUGAUAUGAAUAUAAUUUGCGAGCCUAUGCUCAGAAACUUGCCGGAGGGGUUUUGGACAUUCUGAAUCAGGUCAGAAUUAUAUAAAUUAAUAUCUGCAAUUCUAAGGUGAAUGGAUUUUUUUCCAGAACCCCCAGGUGUUGCUGAAUUUCAUUUAUGGGCACUGGUUUGUUGUUGAAACACUGACUGGGAAUAGAUGAAACAUCAUGUCACGUGGCGUGGAGAUUGCAGCCUUUAAAAGCAUACUAACUGGGGCUAAAUAAUUUGGGAAAGUUAUCUGUGAUUUUUUUCCCAAAUAUUUCAAUUGUGAUUUAAUAUGAUUUUUUUCAGUUCUUAAUGCUAUACGUUUCUAAAUAAACAAGCAAAAAUUCACCCUAAAAUAAAAUAAAGACAAUAUUUGGUAGAUUAAACUAUGGCGGAACAAUUUUGAUAAAAAAUAAAAUAAUUGCAAUUAUUUUUGACUUGAUACAAAUUGUCGUAUUGAAAGAAAUGAUGUCUGUAUGCCUUUCUCGCAUUUUUGCAAAUUAUUCUAGAAAAAAUUGACACUUGAAUGUUUGCAUGAUGUGUAGAGCAUAACAUUUUUGCCUCAAAAAUGUAUUCAUCUAAAUUUUUACACAUAUUUUACAUCAAAGAAAUAUUACACCUUCUGCAAUUGCACUUAGUAUGCAGCAUGUAGUGCUUCAGUAUGUAGGAUUAUGUAGUGUGCGGUUUUGGACACAGCCUAUGUAUUUCUUUUAGCAUAAACACGUGAAUAUUGACCCCACAGCUGCAAGUGUUUUAGGUGAUCAGGCCGUAAUGUACUUUUGUACUUUUUUUAAGAUAAGACUAAGCCUCCUGUGAUGACCCACGCAGGAAAAAGUGAUACAUUGCUGUCAAAGAUCAACAUUAGUUUUAGUUAUUUCAUGGCUUCAAAUGUUUUUUCUUACCAAAAGACCCUUAUAUAAACUAUUUCUAAGUGUUUAAUCAUGAAAUUAGUUAACAUGGAAAUCUAAUUUUGACAACCUUUGAGCAGAUACAGCCUGAGAUCUUUGGUAUCCCCCAAGGGGGUCCUGGAUAGUUUUCUGGGUCAUCUGAGAUAGAGAAAACAAGAAUCAUUUUUAUCAAAUGCAACACAGUUUAGCUUGCUUGCCUUGAGUUAAAGUGUCUAUUUUCUUUUAUACUAGUUCUUUUCUUUUCUAAACUUUAAGACAGUAACUUCAGUGACUGUGCUGGACUGUGAGUGAACACAAUCUAAACCCUCAGCAGUGCUGGGGCUGAACAUAUCCAGUGUAGACUAAAGGUUGAAGCUGCUGAUCUGUGGCUCAGAAUGCAGUCAAUGAAGAGCAGGCGUUGGAAUUAAAAUCUGAAUGUAAAAAUGUGCAAAAAAAAGUUAAAAUCUGAGAUGAUUGUGUCAUUAGACGUGCUCCCGUUUUCCUGUAAGACCUUGAAAUAUUUGUGAGCUUUUUCAUUGCUCAUUUAUCAGUCCAGUUUUGUCCCAGUUUAGUCUUCAGUAUGGGUCGAUUUGUGAUGAUUUCACAACCACGCUUCACAUUUCCAGAAGAAACAUUCAGAGAAGUGAUCUUGUAGUAAAUAUUACAUAUUGUAAGUUUAAGUAAGUGGAAGUAAAAUGUGUAUUUUUAGGGCUAAGUUUUGUUUCAGGAUGCAGAAUAACUGUGAGCCUGUUCCUUUUUGGAUAAACAGAGUAUAUUUUAAUUAUGCAACCUCUAGAGGAGUGUUUUUAAAGAUGUGAGAAAGUUGGCUAGUAGAAACAUUUUCUACAUGUCAUCAGUUGCAGGUGAUUGAAGGAAGUUCUUAAACACUAAUGCAUUUUUGCAGCUGUCGCUAUAGCAGAAAUCCAGUUGUUCGUUUACUGUUUGGAGUCGUGAUUCAAAAGUCAUCAUGAAUCAAAAGUCCCCGUCAUUUAACAUUGAAUCAAACAACUUUCUGAGCUAACGUCAACCUCUGUUCCACAUGACGGCGUCCUCUGAAGCUGUGAUAGCGAGUGUCAAAGCGAAGUUUAAUGUUACGUCCUAAUGUACUUGAUAAUGAAGUCUGAGCACCUUGUGAUUGUAAUCUAGUAUAUCUAUAUAUUUUGUGUACCUCAAGUGAAAGAGUAAGAGUUUAAGUCCAUUGUUCUAAGUUUCAUAAAGCUCUGGCAGCAUUCCUGAGAAAGACAUCAUGCUUCUUUUACUGAUUUACUUUAACAGAUAUGCAGGAGAGAUGCUCCAUCCUUCCCUCUGAGCAGCAUUAAUGUUGAUUUACAGUUAUGCAAUGUUUUCAGUGUUUUUAUAUUGUUAUUUAUCUGUUUCCGUUAGCUUCUAGGAAGCUAUAGCUCUAUAUUUGGUGUAAGUUUGUUUGUAGAGAAAAAGAUAUGUGUCAUUUUUAUUAUUUAUGGUAAAAAU